UGAGUGGCCCACAGAUAAGCAGAGCUGGGAUCUGGUCUUGUGUCUGUGCAGGUCGCUGUUCCUCGACGAUGACCAUGUGUUUGCCGGCAAUAGUCCGAAACCACUGCAAAGCUGUUUGAUUCGCAAGUUUCAGUAAGUCUGUCUCUGUUUCUUGAGGUUUUUUUGGACAGCGGCCCAACUCAAAAUGCAGCCCUCCCCUGACCAGUUCAUGGAAUUCCACCCGAUACAUGGAUCAAAUGUCAGACUGGACUUCUCGGGAACCCAGGCCACACGUGUGGAGAGCUUUGCCAAUGGAGUGUGUUUCAGCAAACAACCUCUGAAGCCCGGGGAGAUUUUUCUAAUAGAGAUCGAGGAUAAGGAGCUGGGCUGGUGCGGCCACCUCCGAGUCGGCCUGACUGCCAGGGACCCCGGGAGCUUAGACGUGGUACCUGAAUACUCCAUCCCGGACCUGACAGACUCAGGCGACAGCUGGGUCUUCGCCAUCACUCGCAACCACAACAAGAUCAUAGAGGAUCCUGGAGCGGGGGGUCAAGAGGCUGGAGACGGAGGACUGGCUGGGGGCCGGAGGCUCGGACGAGGGGAGGCUGGCGAUGGAGCUGGAGGCGCUGAGGGAGACAACACCAAACCAAAGGCUUUCUUCACUGACUCUCACUUGUACAUUGAGGAUGUUCGAAUCCCCAUGGACAAGCUGGUGGGUCGGAGCAGGCCCGGACGCUACAGCCACAUUUUGGAUGACUUGUAUAAGACCAACGCGCUGCCUCCCACAGCCAGACGCAGCCGGAUAGGAGUACUAUAUGUGGCCAAAGGGCAGGACCUGGCUGAUAUGCACAUUGUCAUCAAUGGUGAGGACAUGGGAGCGUCCGCAAAGGGGAUUCCCUCCAUCGAGCCUCUCCAUGCUGUGGUGGACGUCUUUGCUGCCACCAAGUGUGUCCGAAUCGUCCAGGUGGAGUAUGGAUUCUCGUCCUUGCAGACAUUGUGUAGGAAAGCCAUCCAGAAGCACAUUGUCCACAGGAUGGCCAUUGACUGGCUGGAGCUGCCAGAGGCACUGAAGCACUACUGCAAGUAUGUAUGUCUGCUCCCAGUGUAACCAUCCGCUGUUCUCCAGUCGGUCCAAG